AUGGGUGGAGACGUUCCCCGGCAAGCUCCCAGCGCCCUUCCCCAGACUCCCGCGGGCCCAGUCGGUCAACGCAUCAAGAGCAUCUACACCGACCGUCUCAAGCAAUUCACCGCCACCGGACAGUACGAAGGCCAGAACCUCAUCUCCAAGCUGAACGAGGCCGUCAAUUCCGACGAAGACCAUGUCAAGCUUUCAGUAUACUCCGUCCCUGACCUCCAGCGCCCAACUUUCAAAGAGGCUACCUCCAAUGAAUUUAAACCUACCCACAUCGGAGCAUCGUUCGGACCAAGCUGGUCCACUCAUUGGUUCCGCAUCCGCCUGACGGUCCCGGAGGAUAUGCGCAAGAAGGAACGUCUGGAGUUCCACUGGGAUGCAAACAACGAGGGUCUAGUGUGGUCAGAAGAUGGUCGGCCCCUUCAAGGUCUCACUGGUGGCAACGAGCGUAUCGAGUGGAUCAUCCCCGAUGCCUGGCGGGAUGGGAAGGAACAUACCUUCUACAUCGAGAUGGCCUGCAAUGGCAUGUUUGGAAAUGCGCCUGGGGGUGAUUCCAUCCAGCCGCCUAACCCUGACAAAUACUAUACAUUGCACAAAGCUCAAAUUACGGCCGUCAACCUAGAGGCACGGGCAUUGUUCUACGACUUCUGGAUUAUUGGAGACGCGGCCAGGGAAUUCCCUGGUGAUGGCUGGGAGUCGCAUGAGGCCAACAUGGUCGGCAAUGCUAUCAUUGAUGCGUUCAUUGCUGGGGAAGGCAGCAAUGAAUCAAUCAAGGAGGCACGCAAAAUAGCCCAGAAGUACCUGGGUAGUAAAGUAGAUUCUUCCCAAGUGUACGAGACCGACACGGAACCCAUCGUCUACGCUAUUGGACAUUGCCAUAUCGAUACUUGCUGGUUGUGGCCUUGGGCAGAGACUAAGCGUAAGGUUGCCCGGUCAUGGUCAAACCAGUGUGAUUUGAUGGACAGAUAUCCGGAGCAUCGCUUCGCUUGCUCCCAGGCACAACAGUUCAAGUGGUUGAAGCAAUACUAUCCAUCAGUUUUUGAGCGCGUCAAACAGUGGGUCAAGAAAGGUCACUUCCAACCUAUCGGCGGCAGCUGGGUCGAGCAUGACACCAACAUGCCCAGCGGAGAGUCGCUGGUGAGGCAAUUUCUCUAUGGCCAACGCUUCUUCGAGAGAAACUUCGGUGAACGCUGUACAACUUUCUGGCUUCCGGAUACCUUUGGCUACUCUACGCAGAUACCUCAGAUCUGUCGUUUGGCAGGCAUGAGUCGCUUCCUCACCCAAAAGCUCAGUUGGAACAAUAUCAAUAACUUCCCGCACACCACAUUCCUUUGGGUUGCACUUGAUGGGAGCCAGGUUAUGUGCCACAUGCCACCAGCGGAGACAUACACUGCGAGCGCUCACUUUGGUGACGUGAAGCGUAGCGUGACUCAACACAAGUCAAUGGACAACGACAAUACGUCACUCUUAGUAUUCGGCAAGGGCGAUGGUGGUGGUGGGCCAACCUUUGAACAUCUGGAGAAGCUGCGCCGCUGCCGCGGUCUCAGUGACAAGGUUGGCUUGCUUCCUCGUGUCAAGAUGGGAGAUUCAGUCGAUGAUUUCUUCGCAAAGCUCGAGAAGAAGGUAGAAAAAGGUACCCGCUUCGCCACGUGGUAUGGUGAAUUAUAUUUCGAAUUACAUCGGGGCACGUAUACCACACAGGCCAACAACAAACGGGGAAACCGCAAGUCAGAGUUCUUGCUCAGGGAAAUUGAAUACCUUGCUACUCUCGCCACUCUUGAACAGUCUGCCGACAAGUAUAAGUAUCCCAAGGAGGAAAUUGACGAGAUGUGGGAAGAUGUACUUUUGUGCCAAUUCCAUGACUGCCUUCCCGGUAGCAGCAUCGAGAUGUGCUACGAUGACUCCAGAGAGCUAUACAAGAAGGUUUUCGAAAUUGGCAACAAGGUUCGGAAGGAAGCCCUCCAAGCUCUUGGACUUGGAAGCAGCACCGCGAAGGGUCUCGCCGCAAUCAAUACAUUGCCCUGGCCUCGCUCAGAAGUAGUCAAGGUCCCUGCUAGUUUUACAACUGCGGGUGGCCCUAGGUACGCCAUUGUCAGUGGUGAAAGUGGUCCUAUCAAGUGCCAGCUUCCUACAGCUUCGAGCAGAGCGCCUGCUGUGACUGUUUCCGAGAUCGAGCCCGGUGUUUUCCGUUUACAGAAUGAAAAACUGAGGGUAGAUGUGCACGACGGAGUCAUCACAUCGUUGUACGAUCUGGAGGAAAAGCGCGAAAUCGUUGCCAAGGGCGGAAAGGCUAACCAGCUUGUCAUUUUUGACGAUAAACCACUCUACUGGCAAGCGUGGGACGUUGAGGUCUUCCACCUCGAAUCGAGGAAAGAGUUGCAAUCCGGGAGGACUACUGUCGCUGAAAACGACCCAUAUCGUGUCAGCGUGGUCACUGAGACCCGCAUCAGCGACAAGAGCUGGGUCAAGACGACUAUCAGCCUGGCUGCUGCCGUUGGAGACCAGCCAUCCUAUGUUGAGAUGGAAAGUGAAGUUGAAUGGCGGGAGACUAUGAAGUUCCUCAAGGUCGAAUUCCCUGUCGACAUCACGAACACACAGGCAUCGUACGAGACUCAGUACGGAAUCAUCAAUCGCCCUACUCAUUACAACACCAGCUGGGACAUGGCCAAGUUUGAAGUGUGCUGCCACAAGUGGGCAGAUCUGUCUGAGCACGGCUACGGUGUCUCGAUCCUCAAUGAUUCCAAGUAUGGGUUUGCAACUUGCGGUAACAUGAUGCGCCUCUCCCUGCUUCGUGCCCCGAAGGCACCAGAUGCUCAUGCAGAUAUGGGCCAUCAUCGUAUCCGUUACGCGAUUCUCCCGCACGCAGGACCCCUGGACCAUCGCACGAUCCGCGCAGGGUACAGCUUUAACCAUCCCCUUGCCUUGGAGCCCGUAUCUGGUCAGGAGGCAAGCAAUGCGUUUAAGUCGAUCUUGCUGGACGGUUCCCCGUCACUCGUGUUGGACACAGUGAAGCGCGGUGAAGACGACGAAGACGUGUCUCGUGACGAACUACCAAGGCGUGCCGGGAAGAGCGUCAUCCUUCGCAUCUACGAGUCCCUAGGUGGUAAGAGCCGUGGCACCAUCAAUACCAAGCUUCCUGUCAAGAAGGCAUGGAAGUGCAAUAUCCUUGAGGAUGACGAGACGAGCCUGGUCUUGUCCAAGAGUGAUUCACAGACCACGAGCAUUGAUAUCGAGCUGAGAGCCUUCGAGGUCGCGACAUACAGACUGCAGCUGUAG